AUGUGGUUUGACAGCUUCCUAGAGUCUCUGGUGUUUAACCGUGCCCUCGUGGAUGCAAUUGUAUUCAUGAAUGCCCAAGUGAAAACGGAGGAGCUCUCCACUGUUCUGGAUAUGACAAUGUCUUUAGUUGUAGGGAAUCCUCGCAGACCUCUCAAAGAGGUUAUCCCUGUUAUCAUAGAAUCUGCCUUCUCUCAGCACACAGAUCCAUUGAUGACAAAACUCCGGAAGCAAAUUCUUGCCAAGCCGGAAGUCCUCAUGGUCAUUGUGGCCCUCAUUAAAGAAACCAAAGUGUACCAAUCACCUCAAAAGUCAUCUACUGCAUGGAAUACACUAUUGCAAGAAACACCGGCUUGCGAGCUCGGCCCCUUCAUCGAGCUUCAAUCCCCAGAUUUGAAGCCCACAGACCCCAUCACCAUCGCCGAUCACCAGUGGUUGAGUCUCCAGAAUGUGGAGAUCUGGGUAUGGGUAAGAGGAGAUAAACCCAUCAACAUCAGCCUCACGACCGGGCCAUGCACGGCACACGGUAGACUAUACCCUGACCCACACAUGGACACCGUAAACGCUAUGAUCAAGCAGGGUGCAAGCUUGGUGAAAAUCCAGCUGGGCUCCCUCUGCCAGGAGGUAAACCCAACAUGCAACAUCAAACCUUUAGAAAGUUCUCCCAUCACCUUCCCUUUUGCUUGGGAUCGUAUGUUCCACUCAUUGAUGGCAGCAUCAGGAGUUACUGCCCACUCUCAUUACCUGGCAUGGUACACAAAGUCUGCCAGGGGUGUUAAGCGUGCAGAGCACCCAGAUUCCCCUGGACCUGGCAAUGAACCAUCCUCGUCGAACACUCGCCCUUGCACCAAUCCCGAUGCUACUGUUACAGUCAGUGGCAACUCUGCACAACCUAGUGUAGCUUCCAGUGCAUGUGACAAUGCGCAACAUGAUGAUGGCAAGUCCAAGUCUAAGUCUAAGUCCAAGGCUGGUGGAAAGAGGUCUGGCAAGGGCAAGGGCAGGGCCAAAUAG